UCUCCUGCCCAAACAAAAACACGGUUUAUACAUUCACUCUCACUCUCACUUUCACUCAGCCUCACAGUCACCCAUGGUCGUCCAUCUAACCCACCCUCACCGGCGAACCGACGACCAAUCCCGACGGCGACCCAGACAGCGAACCCACUCGUGACCCCACGACGACCAUAGCUCCACCACUCCAGCCUCUAUGCUUCGUGAACUCCACCACCAUCGGUUGAGCAAAGAUCUCUUCUUCACGAACCGGGUUGGUCUUCGAACGUCUGAAAUAAAGAAAUUUAGAUAUGGCUUCUUCUUCUACUAACAGUAGCAACAUCAGAUUAAAACCGAGACUGUGUAAUUGUGGAAGAACAGCUGCCAUACAUAUUGUAAGAACCAAUGAGAAUGGAAAUAAAGGGCAUUUGUUCUUUGUUUACCCAUCAAAACAUACUGAAACUCCCAAUUGCAAUUACUUCAAGUUCGUGGAUGAAGAUGAUGAAGAUGUUACGUCCACAAUUCGUUCCAACACUAGAGCUUCUGAUGGUGUGACAGUAGAAGAAUUUAACGAGCUGAGGAGGAGGCUGUAUGACGUAGAAAAUGAACAUGAAGACUAUGGUCGAAGGCUUCGAAUGGUGGAAAAUAUUUUGAAGGCGAUGGUGUAUUUGAUUGUGUUUUCAAUACUUUUGUACUUUAUGAUGUAAUGUUAUUAUGGAUUUAUGGAUUUAAUGUUAUUAUGGAUUUA